AUGUUCCGCUUCAGCAAAACCCUCGACCCAAUCACCCUCUUCCACUCCCCCAGCAUCCCAAACAGCACGCGGGUCCUAACCCUCCUCAAACAAGCCUCGACCGCCGCCGCCGAAACAGCCACAGAAGACCAAGCAAGCGACUACAGCUCGCACGCAAAGCAGCAGCGCGAGGAGUUCGAGCUCGAGGUCACGACCAACGACCCCACGACCGAUCAGCUCCGCAAUAUCCUCGACUACAUUAACCCUGUCUCGGGCGUGGGCGGGCCCGGUGAUAAGGCUACGUAUGGAGCUGCGGAGCUGGUGAAGGGCGCGCGUGAUGCGGAGGAUGCGAUUAAGAGGUUUAAGGAGGAUAAGAGUUGUUUUGUGAGACCUGUGACUGUUGAUUGGACGAAUGGUCGCGCUGUUAUUGGUGACCAGGAGUCUGAGAUCUUGAAGAUGGUGCGCCAGAUUCCGAGCAAUUAG